CUCCCUGUGGACAGAAUGAGACCCGAGAAGAUGGCAAGACAAUCCAGCUGCCCCCAUGUAAGACUGGAGCAUGGAUUGUGCCAGCCAUCAUGGCCUGCUACCUCCUGGUGGCAAACAUCCUUCUGGUCAACCUCCUUAUUGCUGUCUUCAACAAUACAUUUUUUGAGGUAAAGUCGAUAUCCAACCAAGUAUGGAAAUUUCAGAGGUACCAACUCAUCAUGACUUUCCACGAGAGGCCAGUUCUACCCCCACCACUCAUCAUCUUCAGCCACAUGACCAUGAUAUUCCAACAUGUGUGUUGCCGGUGGAGAAAGCACGAGAGUGACCCAGAUGAAAGAGACUACGGCCUGAAACUCUUCAUAACUGAUGAUGAGCUCAAGAAAGUACACGAUUUUGAAGAGCAGUGCAUAGAAGAGUAUUUCAGAGAGAAGGAUGAUCGCUUCAACUCAUCCAAUGAUGAGAGGAUACGGGUGACAUCAGAAAGGGUGGAGAACAUGUCCAUGAGGCUGGAGGAAGUUAAUGAGAGAGAACACUCUAUGAAGGCUUCACUCCAGACUGUGGACAUCCGGCUGGCACAGCUGGAGGACCUAAUCGGGCGCAUGGCCACGGCCCUGGAGCGCCUAACGGGUCUGGAGCGGGCAGAGUCCAACAAGAUCCGCUCAAGGACCUCCUCAGAUUGCACAGAUGCGGCCUACAUUGUCCGCCAGAGCAGCUUCAACAGCCAGGAGGGGAACACCUUCAAACUUCAAGAGAGUAUAGACCCUGCAGGUGAGGAGACCAUGUCCCCAACUUCUCCAACCUUAAUGCCCCGUAUGCGAAGCCAUUCUUUCUAUUCAGUCAAUGUGAAAGACAAAGGUGGUAUAGAAAAGUUGGAAAGCAUUUUCAAAGAAAGGUCCCUGAGCUUACACCGAGCUACUAGCUCCCACUCAGUAGCAAAAGAACCCAAAGCUCCUGCAGCCCCUGCAAACACCUUGGCCAUUGUUCCUGAUUCCAGAAGACCAUCGUCAUGCAUAGACAUCUAUGUCUCUGCCAUGGAUGAGCUCCACAGUGAUAUAGACCCUCUGGAUAAUUCCAUGAACAUCCUUGGGCUGGGCGAGCCAAGCUUUUCAGCUCUAGCCCCAUCCACAGCCCCUUCAAGUAGUGCCUAUGCAACCCUUGCACCUACAGACCGACCUCCAAGCAGGAGCAUUGAUUUUGAAGACCUCACCUCCAUGGACACUAGAUCUUUUUCUUCAGACUAUACCCACCUCCCAGAAUGCCAAAACCCCUGGGACACAGACCCUCCAAUGUACCAUACCAUCGAGCGUUCCAAGAGUAGCCGCUACCUAGCAACCACACCAUUUCUUCUGGAAGAGGCCCCCAUUGUAAAAUCCCAUAGCUUUAUGUUUUCUCCUUCAAGGAGUUACUAUGCCAACUUUGGGGUGCCCGUGAAAACAGCAGAAUACACAAGUAUUACAGACUGUAUCGACACAAGGUGUGUCAAUGCCCCUCAAGCAAUUGCUGACAGAGCCACCUUCCCUGGGGGUCUCGGAGACAAAGUAGAGGACUUAUCUAGUUGCCACCCUGAGCGAGAAGCAGAGCUGAGCCAUCCUAGCUCUGACAGUGAGGAAAAUGAGGCCAGAGGCCGGAGAGCUGCCAAUCCAAUCUCGUCUCAGGAGGCUGAAAAUGCAGACAGAACCCUAUCCAACAACAUCACAGUUCCCAAGAUAGAGCGCGCCAACAGCUACUCGGCAGAGGAGCCAAACGCGCCAUAUGCACAUACCAGGAAGAGCUUCUCCAUCAGUGACAAGCUUGAUAGACAGAGGAACACCUCAAGCCUACGAAAUCCCUUCCAGAGAAGUAAGUCCUCCAAGCCGGAGGGCCGAGGGGAUAGCUUAUCCAUGAGGAGACUGUCUAGAACAUCGGCUUUUCAUAGCUUUGAAAGCAAGCACAACUAAACCUUCUUACCAUGUGUUGCAGGAGGCUCAAGAAUCCAGCACUAAAAUUCUCCCCAUGCCCACCUUGUUCCCCCUUCCUUGAGUUAUACCUGCUUUACUCUUAGCUGAGCAAAACAAUGCCUUGGGAGAUGUUAACUCAAAGGUAACCUCGGGCCACAGGUCAAGCAAGCUUUCCAUCUGGCCCAGUGCCAAAUUCAGGGUUUGAAGGCAUGUUCACACUUGCUGGGAAGGGAGGGGACAGAAAGGGGUUAGAGAGGAAUGUGUGUCAUCAUCAGGCACCACAGAAGGCCAUGAGCUCUGGGGAACAAAUGGGCUCAAGCAUUCUCCAUGCCGGCAGGCCUCUUGGGACUUCUGCCCUGUUAUCAAGAGUUGAGGAGACAGGGCUAAAUUGCAAAAUGAGAUAAAGUAGCCAGCAUACAAGAUGAGAUAUUCUAAACUUCAAUUCUGUUUUCUUUUCACAUUGGUUCCAUCACUGGUGACUGAUGAAGAGCAUCCUUUUUAUUCAGUGUAAGCCGGCAGCAAGCAGUUCUACCUAACGUCCCACAUCCUUCUCAUGCCAACACUUCUGUAAUUGGUCAUUAUAAAGAAAAACAAGGUAACAGUCAUAUAUACAGUUCACCUGUCUCUUAUAUAUUCACUUCUGGUGCCACAAUUGUUUAUCUCUGUAGAAGAAAAUAAGGGAACAGAAAUGCCUUUUUUUUUUCUCUUUUGGUUUUGCAAUCAAAAUGAAAGAAGAAUUAAUGUUGAAAGCAAAAGUCUUAUGAUUUAUAAUAUACCAUGGGCAAUCAAGUAUAUAGUCAAGCAAGCUCAGGAUGAAUGUAAUUAGAUAAUUUUAUAUUUUUAAGUUAUUUUGUAUCUCACCUGUCAUCAGUGAAUUCACUAUCAAAUAUGUAAUAUUGAACUAAAAAAAAAAGUGGAAAGAACUGACAUUAAAUUGCCACGUGGGAUUAUUGUUAGCGUCUCGCCAUUCAUCGUGUGUGAUGCUGCUGUGUGGCCUUCAUCAUUUGCAUGUCUCCACUAUGUCCUCCGAACACCUCCAAGAUGUAACUGCCAAAUUUUCACACCACUCAUCAUGUGACCAUUUUGUAUUUGAACACAUGGUUAUAUGUGGAUAUUUUCAUACGUAGAAUUUAGCCAUCUAAUCUUGGGCUCAGCAUAAAUUUAAUCGGAGUUUUUCAAGGGCUGGUAUCUUUUUUAUGGAAAUGUUCCAAAGUACUCUUGUUUUUGUUUUUGAGACAGGGUUUCUCUGUGUAACAGCUCUGGCUGUCCUGAAACUCACUUUGUAGACCAGGCUGGCCUUCAACUCACAGAGAUCUGCCUGCUUCUGCCUCCCUAGUGCUGGGAUUAAAGGCUUGUGCCAUCACAACCCAACUCCAAAGUACUUUUUAAAGAAAUUUAAAAAACAUAAAUAACCAUAGACUUGACUAGGGGCUUGACAUCAACCCAAAGCCAUCAUCAGCUGCAGGCAGACCAUGAAUAUGUUUCUUAUUUACGGAGCUCUAAAGAAGAUACAGUAGGCCAAAAUAGAAAGCAAAUAUACCAUAUACAGUUCUAUAGUUUAUGUUGCUUAUGUAUACAUCCACAUACACAGACACAUGUUUAUAUAGAGUAAUAGACACAGAGAUUUCUUAAGUGGCCUUGACUUCCUGUCAUCUGGAGGUAUAACCAAGAUUAUUUUUUAGUAUCCAAGGAGUUUUGUUGGAAAAAUAGUUCAUUGUGCUAUUGGCCCCACUGUUGAAAUAAUACUUUCCAGAAAAUCUCUGUCUCUUUAAUCUUCCCUUACACUGAACAAGAACUGUCAAAAUGGCUCACCCCUUCCCUCUCCCUCCUCUGGUUUGGAGGCAUCCAAUGUCAUGACAUCUCUUUCACUCUGGUUUCUCGGACAUGAAGUUAUUCCCACAAAAUACAAUCUGAAUAGAUGUGUGAUUGCAAGCCUGUUUGUAUUACACAGUCUGGAAUGGAGGCGUAAGUUUCUAGAUUAGAAUUCAGAUUUGAAAUAGGAUGAAGAAAUCUUGACCACAAAACUUUGGAUUCCUAUUUGGAUCAUUGAACAUUUUAAGAUAAAGUCUUUAAGAAAAAUUAUUUGGAGCCAGGCGUAGUGGUGAUGCACACCUGUGACCCAGCACUGGGAGGGAAGAGGCAGGAGGAUGAGGAAUUCAGAGUCAGCCUCUGCUACAUACCACAUCCAAGGCUACAUGAGACC